GUUUAAUAAAUGGUCAGCCAUCUUGGGAGACGUCAGUUGGUCUGUAUGCCGUUAAUAAAUCUCCGUGCAUCGGAAAAGGCGCUCGUCGAAAACGAACUACAUGGUGUGCGUUUGAGUCUACAAUAUCUGUUCUCUAUCUCCGGCAAAAAUCCCAAGGACACUGCCAGAUAGAACGAGGUUGUCGGAGCCAUCCAAGAUGUCGAGUGUUGCAGAGAACUCUGACAACCACACUCCCGACAAGUCAAUGAACCACACCAACAACAUCAGGGAUGUUGUGGACGAAGGCGGCUGGAAAGCGAAGCUUGUUAUUCCCCCCCGUGACAUGAGAAAGAAAACUUCGGAUGUGACAGACACGAAGGGCAACGAGUUUGAGGACUUCUGCCUGAAGCGGGAGCUGCUGAUGGGCAUCUUCGAGAAAGGCUGGGAGAAGCCCUCUCCCAUCCAGGAGGCAAGCAUCCCCAUCGCCCUGCUGGGCAGGGACAUCCUGGCCAGGGCCAAGAACGGCACGGGCAAGACGGGCGCCUACAUCAUCCCCAUGCUACAAAGGAUCGACGUCACCAAGGACCACAUCCAAGCCAUGGCGAUAGUGCCGACGCGCGAACUUGCCCUGCAGACCAGCCAGAUUUGCAUUGAGCUGUCCAAGCACCUCAAGGCUCGAGUGAUGGUCACUACUGGCGGCACCAACCUCAAGGAUGACAUUAUGCGUAUCUACGAAAACGUGCACGUAAUAAUUGCCACCCCUGGUCGCAUCCUGGAUCUCAUGGAAAAGCGCGUUGCCCAAAUGGACAAGUGCAGCAUGCUCAUCCUGGAUGAGGCGGACAAGUUGCUGUCCCAGGAUUUCAAGGGCCUCCUGGACAAAGUGAUCAGCUUCCUUCCUCAGGACAGACAAAUCCUCCUCUACUCUGCCACAUUCCCCCUGACUGUGGAACAGUUCAUGAAGAAGCACCUCCACAGCCCGUACGAGAUAAACCUGAUGGACGAGCUAACCCUGAAGGGAGUUACGCAGUACUAUGCCUUCGUUCAAGAGAGGCAGAAGGUGCACUGUCUCAACACGCUCUUCUCCAAGCUGCAGAUCAACCAGUCCAUCAUCUUCUGCAACUCGACUCAGCGAGUGGAGCUCCUGGCCAAGAAGAUAACGGAGUUGGGCUACUCGUGCUACUACAUCCACGCCAAGAUGUCGCAACAGCACCGCAACCGCGUGUUCCACGACUUCCGCGCCGGCCUCUGCAGGAACCUAGUGUGCUCCGACCUGUUCACAAGGGGCAUAGACAUCCAGGCGGUGAAUGUGGUGAUCAACUUCGACUUCCCCAAGAUGGCGGAGACGUACCUGCACAGGAUCGGCCGGUCCGGGCGCUUUGGCCACCUGGGCAUCGCCAUCAACCUGAUCACCUACGACGACCGCUUCUCCCUGCACCGCAUUGAGCAGGAGCUGGGCACAGAGAUCAAGCCCAUCCCCAAGGUCAUUGACAAGAACCUUUAUGUGGCAGACCUGCAGAUGGAGGAUCCAGAAGCAAACGCCAACAAAUAGACAAGUCGUCUCUUCAGUAGUGCAAAACUGUGAACUUUUUGUACACCACUUCCCAGAAGUCUGUUUCCAUAUUGUACAGAAGAGCGAGUGUGGAUGUGUGUGCGUGCCUGUGCUCAAGUCGACAAGAAACGAGAGGAAGAGAACUGAGCGUGCCUGAGUGAACAAGUAUUUAUUGAAGUGCUCAUCCCUCAUAAUUUAUUCGCAAGUCAAAGGAGCCCCUCCCUCCCCGAGCUGGACGUGGCCUUGGCCGAGGAGAAACAUUUUCGUUCUCCGUUUCGUUGUCGUCGCUCUGCGGAUGCUCACCAGGACUGGCUUCCUCCGUCGUGCCCCAAAUUGUUUGCCCGCCUGCCGUGCCUCUCGUGUACAGGACCAAACAAAUGAAAAGAGGCGAUCGUUGAGGCGACUGGCGUUUCGAAGAGGCCCGACCACCCCUCCGCCAAGGCCGCCGCAAGUCCUGUGUGGGGAAUUUUCUUUGUUUGUUGCGUGGGACUCUAUUACAAGGGACAGGGGGACGAGGGGAGGGCUCUCUCUCCCUCUACCCCCAAAGGAGACCACAGUCAGAAGCAACAGGGACUGCUGCACUUUUCACCUAUGUUUUUCUCAGCGGUGGGGUGGUGCCAACACGUCAGAAAAAGUAAGAGAUCGCUAUUGCAGUGGCGCCGGCAGUCUGGUUUUGUGAACAACUGACGGUAGCAUUUGGCCAAGAAGGGAAGUGUGUUGGGGAGGGUGAGGGAGGGGGCGACCUUUAUCCACUGUUCAUUCAUCGUCACAAUAUUUUUGGCCUAUUUUUUUCUCGAAAUCUGCUGCAUGAAAUGUGGAAAUUCUACUUGCUCCCAAAUAUGUUCACUACUAUAAAUUUGCUGAAUUUCUUUACAGUGAUUGGGUUGGAGCACAUUAAGAAAUAGAUUAAUCUUGUGUUCAUCUAUUUUUUUUUUUAUUUCCCUAAAAAUUUUGCUUUAGGUAAGAGUGUAACAGACUUUUUUUUUCUUUUGCCCAUGCAGUUGCGUGGCAAGUGAGAAAACGGGCUCUUUUUAUUUUCGAUGGUGGAUGGAGAGGCUCGGAAUCUUGUUUUAAUUUUGUUUCUUCUCCCAAACGUUUCAAUGUAAAUAUGCACCACUGUUGGAGUUUGCCAAAAGCAAGUCUAGGGUUUUUUUUUUUUUUUUUUGAGUGCCUGUGUGGUGAAUGCGAAACAAAUAACUUUUUGAAUUGAAGAGACUAGUGAAUCUUCUGGACUGCUAGACAGGAAUGUGGGACAGCGUGUUGUCCACGUGAAUGAGUCAUUGCAAGAGAGCAAGUGUGUACAUUUGAGACUGUUUACUGUGCGGUAUGGAGCGUGUGUGCGUUAAAACUACUUCAGUGGUGCCCCUAACUCAUGCCUCCCUUUUUGACUGUUUUCUAGUUCUUGUUCUUCCCUGUUCUAUUUUCUUUUCUUUUUCACGUGGGAGCCAUUUUGUUUUUCCUCUCCAGUCCUCUUAUUCACACCACCUUCAGAAGUCUGCCUUGUGUAGACUUGCAAAGUGCCACGGCCCGUGGGGAAAGACGGCCAAGGCACCUCGUCCGAGGGCGCCGGUGGGGGCCGCCUCCGCAGGGCUGCAGUCACUUCCCGGUUCGCUCGGACGCGGUUUGGGUUUCGGAAGUUUCGAAACCUCGGGUUAUUUGGCCUCCCGGGGUUGCCCAUCGUCUCGGCUGCUCUCCCCACGGGUGCACACGAGAAAUGCAUUCGACCAUUUAGGCCAAGCCAAAUUUUUGCAAAGUUUUUUUUUUGGGUGGGGGAAAUCCGAAUAGAAUUGUGCGUACGACUAGGUUUCCCAGGGCAUACACGAAUUCUCCUGGUGCGUUUAAUUUCAGAUUUGAAAUGGCAAGAUGUAUUUGGUGAUUCCCCACCAGUUUUGUAUGCAACAAAGUUAAGAAAGUGACGAUUGGCAAAAAUUAGAAAUAUUGGUUCAUUGGCCCAAGUGAAGACCAUAUCGGAUUACGGCGUUUUGUGAUCGGAACGAAAUAACACGUGACCUGCCAAAAUAAAGGAUUUAUAUCUUUUAUA